AUGACUGAAUGGAAAUCCAGAUCGUUACCUAGCAAUUUCGAAAUACUUUCCCUGUCAAAUGUGCCAGUCGGUCCUUCUUGUUUACGUUCCAACUCCAAGAAAACGUACAUCAGCCGCAAUGUAUCUUUUCCGGACGAUGAAAGUCAAAUUGUCACUGGCGUUCUUGAAACUUUGCAUCCUUGGGAAUCCAUGGAAAACGUAACUGUAGAGUUACUCACAGCCAAAUAUAAACAAUCAUGUGAGAGACACAAUACUAAUCCAUUAUACUCGGUCCUCAAUCAAAUAAAAGCUAUAAAUACAAAUUUGGAGAGGAAUGAAUGUCUUGAUCUAAAAGGUGUUUUACUAACCAAUGUUGACUGGGAAAGUCUUGAAGAAAUUUUUAAAAGAGUUCAGUUUAAAACUAUAAAUGUUGAAGCAACUGGAUUAAACGAUGAUACGGCAAUUGCAUUGUUUGAUAUGUUAGACUUUUAUGAAUCUGCCAUUUGUUUAAACAUAUCUUCUAACAAUGAUAUUGGCACUAGAGGAUGGCAAGCAUGUGCUCGUACGUUAAAAAAGUCAAAAUGUUUAGAAGAAUUAGAAGCAAGGAACACAAUACUUAAUGAAUCAAAUAUGACUUCUUUGGGUCGUUCAUUAAAAUUUGGUUCGCAAUUAUGUGUCUUAAAACUUGAAAAUUGUAAUCUUGCAGACCGGCCAUUAACAUCAUUAGUUUCUUUAAUAAAAUUAAAUAACACACUAAAAGAACUUUACUUGGGUGAAAACUAUUUAAAUGAAAACGAUGCUAAACAGCUUUCAAUUUUACUUAAAUGUAAUACCACAUUGCAGUUGUUGGAUUUAAGCAAUAAUAACAUUCAAAAUAAAGGGUUUAAAUUACUUUGUGAUAGCAUUGUAAAUCAAAAUUCACCUUUGACAAUUUUAAUUGUCUGGAAUAAUAACUUGAAUCAUGAGUGUUCAGAAUGUUUAUCAAACUUAAUGGGGUCAGAAACUAAAUUAGAAAUGCUCAAUGUUGGGUUUAAUUGUUUACUUGACACUACAGCUAGUGCUAUUCAAAUACCAUUGAAGAACAACAAAAAUUUGAUACGCUUAGGAUUGCAAAGCACCCAAAUUACUUGUGAAGGAGUUAAACAUUUAGCAGGAGCACUAGAAGCCAAUACUUCUUUACAAAGAUUAGAUUUACGUGAUAAUAAUAUUGAAGUUGAAGGGCUGAGAAAUUUGAAAGAGUCCAUUUCAAAAAAUUUUAGAAUUACACGCCUAGAUUUAGAUCCUCUGCCACGUAACAAAUAUGCAGCUGAUACAACUAAAGAGUAUACAAAUUUAACGGAGCAGAUCAAACAAAUGUGUGAAGAAAAUGAAAAAAAACAUAGUAGUAAACAAAUUGACGACAAUCUACUUGACCAGAUUGCAGAUGAGUCUAAUGUAACAAGAGCUAUCAAAAUACCAAAUGUAGAUUCUAGAAAGAUAUCUCUUACAUGUGAAUCAUUAAUGAUGCAGUAUACUUCACUUAAAAAUCCCAAUUAUCUUGGUUCAGACGAUUACUUGCCUAUGUUGCGAGGAAGUAGUGGUCGAUUAAGAAGUCCUGCUCCGAGUCCAAUACACAGCCCAAUUGCUAGUAGUCCAAUGUGCAGUCCUUCAAUAGCAUCCACACGUAAUCGUUUCCAUGUGUCAAAAGUAUCCGAACAAAAACAAAAAGAAUGUCGAUUUAAAGUGACCAAAUUGAACAAUUUGAACGAUAAAGCACCAACGGCAAGUAACGAGUCAUUAUCUGAUGAUUCUUUUGGUCCUACCAAUUUGGAACUCACAGUUGAUAGUUUGGAUUUGUGCAAACAUAAAAAUGAUACCAAAAAAGAAGAUCAAAGAACUAGGAAAGUGUCUUGGGUUAUGGGCUCUCGACCUUUGUUGACUUCUUUGCAAAACAUCACCACGAGUUUGGAUCAAGCCACCUCGUCUGGAGUUGACAAACUUCUCAGUUUAUUCAGUCCUUUUUCUAGCGCAGACAAAUCAUCAGCGUCUAUCGACACAGUUGAAUCUAAUGAUUCUGUUUUUGAAUCGGACCCUGAAUCAAAGAAACCAGUUACACUGGAUCAAGCAACUUGGCCACCAGUAUUUGGAAGCUUGAAAAAAACCACGUCCAUCUGCAGGCCACUAUCAGAUAAAGGUAGACGUAGUCUAAGCGAUUUGCGUACUUUUUAA